GAUACCUGAGAUACCUCCCUGGAUCAACUGAGAGGAGUACAUACUUAGUACAUAUUCAUCAAAAUCUGUUUAAAUAUCUUAUUAGAAAUUCCCUUGCAAUUUAGUUAGAAUUUUGAGCCAUUUCGAAACCAGUUAACGCUGAAUAUACUUUAAUACAAGAAAUUGAUUUUUUCGUGAAUAAAAGAUACUUUUGUUAAAAUGAAAUUAUUCGUUCAUUUUUGUCUACUCUUAAUAUGUGGAUAUGUUGAAAUAGUUUUUGGUCAUGAUGAAGAUGUUUAUACCAUACAAUACACAACAGAAAACUUUGCUGAAGAAUUACCUAAGAGGAACCAUUUUGUAAUGUUUUAUGCGCCAUGGUGUGGGCAUUGUCGAAGGCUAGCUCCUACAUGGGAGCAACUUGCUGAAAUGCUCAAUGAAGAUGAUGGCAAUGUAAGAAUUGCCAAAGUAGAUUGUACCCAAGAUAAGCAAAUAUGUUCUGAUCAAGAUGUAACUGGGUAUCCUACUUUGAAAUUCUUUAAAAAAGGAAAUUCUGAAGGAGAGAAAUUUAGAGGGACUAGGGAUUUACCAACAUUGACUUCCUUCAUAAAUGAACAGCUUAGAGAAGGAGAAGGAGAACCUGAAUUAGAAACCAGUUCAAGUAGUGCUUUAAUUGAACUAACAGAAGAAACUUUUGCCAAUCAUGUGCAAGAGGGAAAGCAUUUUGUUAAGUUUUAUGCCCCAUGGUGUGGUCAUUGCCAGCAAUUGGCUCCUGUCUGGCAAAAUGUUGCUAAAACUUAUGAAUUUGAUUCUUCCCUAUCCAUCGCUAAAAUUGAUUGCACCAAGCAUAGAACUGCAUGUUCUCAAUAUGAAAUAAUGGCAUAUCCCACUUUGUUAUGGAUUGAAAAUGGAGAGAAGAUCGAAAAAUUUCAAGGAUCUAGAACUCACGAUGAACUAGUCAAUUAUAUCAAAAAAAUGUUGGAACGCCAACAAGGAGGAACCAAAGAUGAUCCAGAGAAUAAAUCUUCAGUUGAUGAGUUAGAAAUUGAAUUGGUUGCUGAGAACUUCAAAGAUACUAUUCAAAGUGGCAUUACAUUCAUUAAAUUUUUUGCACCUUGGUGUGGUCAUUGUAAAACCUUAGCUCCCGUUUGGAAUGAUUUGAAUAGAAAGUACAAAACAGACAGCAACAUAAAAAUAAUGAAAGUUGAUUGUACUGCUCAAGAAAACAGAGGGUUGUGCAAUGAUGAAAGGAUUGAUGGUUUCCCUACAAUAUAUCUUUACAAAGAUGGGGAGAUGAUCUCAGAAUAUCAUGGUGAUCGUUCAUUAGAAGAUCUAUCAGACUUCAUUCAGGGCCAUUUGGGACAUGAUGAAUUGUAAAUUCCACAUUAAUUGUUUUGUGUGAGUGAGUGUGUUUCUUUUGUUACUAUUUCCAAAUAAAUCUGAGUUCUGAAUGGUA